AUGAAUUCCUCUAACAUUGCGCCCAUGGGCUCGUCCAAAAGAUCAAGAGAAGUUUCAGACUUUUUGUGGACGUCCCGGCCACCUGCCAAGAAAGUGUAUGGUGUCUUGUCUUCGAGUGUAGACGAUCCCCAUCAGGCCCGAUCUCAGCAACCCUUUUUCGACACCCCAAGCUCCUACCUAACUAAUCUCACACCUUUGGCCACACCCACUAAGAAGUCGCGAUCUCCGCAGGGAGGAGACGAGUUUAGCUUUUGUUAUAACCACAACAGCAGCAAUACUCACUCGAAUCUGGAAACUCAUUUUUCCGAUCUCAAACUAUACAUACCUCACAAAGCCAGUGAGGACGUCGGCAACGCUACUCAUCCCAUAUUCAUGACGGCUGAAAUUGUCGAACAGAUCCUUAGAUUCGUUGUCGCUGACGCUACCAUACCGCGGGAAAAGGUUCGUCACAGACGCAAACCUCAGGCCUUCACACAUGCCUUGCUGAUGUGUGACGGUGAUGAGGCCAAGGCCAGAAGAUUGUGGGAUUGCAGUACUAAACCUGAAGUAAUUUCGGUCAUUGAUAAAAGACCAAGGCUUCACAAUUGCAUGCAGGUGAACAAAAUGUGGCAUAAAAUUGCAUUGAGCAUUAUCACCGAAAGCUUACACUUCACUGACUCUAAGAAAGUGCGAAAACUGGCUGCCAACGCUUCGAGACUUCGCAACUGUCUCUCGAAACCUUCGGCAUUUGUACUGCACAAACUCAGUAAGCUCAAGCAAAGCGAUUUGAACACUAUGGUCCCUGUUGUGUCAUCUGAGCGCUUGAAAUGGCUUGAAUUUUAUAUCUGUCCCAAGAUUUUGCCUCCUCUACCCAUAUUUCAAAAGUCUUUAAACCUGGAAAAACUGGUUCUCCCGGGAAAUCAACUGGUGGACGAUGAAUUUUUGAUGAAGAUUGCUCCAUACCUUACGAAACUCAAGACUCUUGACUUGCGAGCUUGUGAUAAAAUAACCGACGGCGGUGUUUUGUCGAUCACAACAAAUUGUCCUGAGCUCAAGGUGUGUAAUCUGGGAAGACACAGAAAUGGGAACGCUAUUACAAGUGUUUCGAUGGUCGCUUUAGCUCGCAAUACCAAAGUGGAUACAGUUGGAGUGGCAGGGUGUCACAUAACAGAUGCAGGCGUUUGGGAACUCGCCAUGCACCGCGGGCCCCUAAUCAGAAGACUUUCACUCAAUAAUUGUCAGCUGCUCACAGAUAACUCACUACCUACUUUGCUUGCACUCGGGUAUUUUCCUCAGCUUUCCGUCCUUGAGAUAAGGAACCUCGAUCGGCUCACAAACGUUCGGCCAAUCGUCGAAUACGUACGAUCCAAGCGUUCUCUAGGUAUACCAGUUCUGGUUGAAGGAGGCGAGAGGCUCGAUUCCAUGAUCAAGAAAUUUGAGGACCGAUUGGAAUUGCAAGAGUCCGCCCACGUCUUAGCGGCUUUUGCCGAGUGGGUCAACCAAGAUGACAUGCAGUGA